GACAUUCCAGGCCCCUUUCCGCGGCUCCGCGCCUUCCUAUCGCGCCCAGGAGCGCAGCGGACACUGGCGAGUCGCCAGCGGGUUUGCCGCUUCGGACGGGCCCGGCGAGGUCUGGAGGAGAGCCGCCGCCCGGGCUCAGCAGGUGGCGAGGUCGGAAGGCGAGGCGCGCCCGGGGAAGCCCCUCCCCGGCUGCAGGUAGCCGCGGGGAGGAGGCAGCAGGCGCGGCUCGACGGCGAGCAGGAACGACCAGCGCGGCGCCCGGGCCUCGCGUGGAGACGCUGCCCGGUCGUAAUCGCUUCCAAGAGAGCUCGGCGGGAACCGGGAAGCCGCCGCCGGCCUCCCUCGGGGCGGGGAGUUCCGCGGUCCCCACCUUUGAAAAGGUGGGGCUUGCCUGGGAGCCGCGCUCCUUCGGGGGCGCCUUACUGCUCCUCGCCGCCGGCCUCACCCACCCGAAGGAGGAAAGGCUGUAGAGUCAGUGGCGGCAGGCUGGAAGGCAGUUCAGAAGCUGGUGAAUGGGGAACCGGUCAGAAGUCAUUUUCCGUGCAAAUUGUCAAUGUUUCUGGAGGAGAUAGAGGCACAUCUACCACUGGAGAAGUUGUUUCCUCAACAAGCCAUUAUUAGGAGAUGAUGAAGAAUAUGGAACUGGCUGGUGAGAAGCUGAGGAAGGAGCUGGAAGAGGAGUUGAAACUGGACCCUGAGCAACUUCGCAGCCACGCCUGGUACCACGGCUGUCUGCCACGGCAGGAGGCAGAGUCUCUGCUGCAGGAUGACGGAGAGUUCCUCAUUCGUGACUCACGGUCCAGCUCCGACGACUAUGUCCUGUCGUGCCGCUGGGGCGGCCAGGCACUGCAUUUCAAGAUCAUCCGCGUGGUGCUACGUCCCCGGAAGGGCUAUUCCCGCACACUCUUCCAGUUUGAGCAGGAGCAGUUUGACAACGUGCCCGCCCUGGUGCGCUUCUACGUGGGCAACCAGAAGGCCAUCUCGGACGCCUCGGGAGCCGUGGUGUCCCGGCCUGUCAACAGGAGCGUGCCCCUCCGCUGGCUGAAGGAGCGGUACAGUGACACUGGCCAACCCCCGGGGCCGGGCAGGGUGCCCCUUCGGCGCUUCAGCUUCCGUGCAGCUGCAGAUGUGGAGGACACGGGAGACGGGAGCUUGCUUCGGACAAAAGAUCGAAGUGGAAGUGACCCCAGUAGUCUAGACCAGUUGGAUCGGAAGCCGUCCUUGCAUGGUGCCCAGUCGGACAGCAAUUUGCUGACAGGUAGCCCAGAAACAUCACCUGGAGCCCAGGACCGGUGCCAGCUCCCUCCCCUGUCUCCUGCCUUCCGCACAGGCAGCGACCCUGUCCUGCGGCCCAAUGCCCUGAAGCCUCGCCCACUGGGAGGUCCACCAUUGAGCGGCUCUGAGGGACGGCUCCACUCCAAGGCUCCACCCAAACCUUUGAGGGCCCCGUCCAUGCUGGUGAACGACUACUGCGAACUGGUUCCCAAGGCUCCCGAAGGCCCCGGGAGCCAUGUGGAACGUCUACGGAAGGAAGAACGGUGGCGGGGCCAGGCCUACAUCACAGAGACGUCCUUUGGGUUCCUGGACACGGACGGGGCACCUUCUACCCUCCCCCCCACGGCGGAGGCUGCCGAGGAGCCAGAAUUCGAAUGGCCCCUGGUAGAGACCACCUCCUCCUUCCAGCCUCGCCACUUCAAGUCGCUGCUCUUGGCCCCUGACAACAAACCUCUGGAGCCCAGCGCCCUAAAACGUCUCAAGGACCUGUUUGCUCAGCACGACUGCCGGGCAACUGCCCUACACAUUCUCCAGGUAGAUUGCCAGGUUGCCAGAAUCAUUGGAGUGUCCAAGGAGCAGCGGCGGGCGAUGGGGGUCAGCUCAGGUCUGGAACUCAUAACCCUCCCUCAAGGGCAUCAGCUGCGGAAAGACCUGCUGGAAAGGCACCACCUCAUCGCUCUGGGCAUCGCUGUGGACAUCCUAGGCUGCACAGGGUCCCCAGCUGAGCGGGCGGCCAUUCUGCACAAGAUCAUUCAGCUGGCGGUAGAGCUGUGGAAGACAGCGGGGGACCUCUUUGCCCUCUCUGCUGUGAUGAAAGCCUUGCAGCUGCCGCAGAUCACACGACUGGAGCAAACAUGGAGGCACCUGCGCCAGAACCACACGCAGAGCGCCAUCACUUUUGAGAAGAUGUUGAAGCCUCUCAUGGGGUGCCUGAACCGGGCUGAAGGGAAUUCAGUCCCCACCCUGAAGGAGGUUGCAGUUCCCCACAUCCUGCCCCUCCUCUGCCUUAUGGAAGGAGAAGAAGUCUGGGGUAGCAACGAGGAGACCUGUGACGCUCUUCUACGGACACUGGAAGCAGCUCGGUUCAUGGCCACCAAUGCCAGUGCCUACCGAAUCAGCGCUGAAGCCAAGCUCCAAGGGUUCCAAGGUACUCCAGAACUCCUGGAAGCAUUCCAGACUGAGUUUUCCCUCCGCUUAUUCUGGGGCAGCAGAGGAGUCGAUGUGGACCGGGUGGAGAGGCACAAGAAAUUUGAACAGAUCCUGACUGUCCUUUCCCAGAAAUUGGAAUGAAUGGGACUAAGAGUUUUGCACUCCUGACACACCAGCUGGGAUGCACGCAGGGAACGGCAAAGAGUAAUUUGUCGAGAAGCCAAAGGAGGAAGCACCUGCUGCUGCUACGAGAAACUUCUGGGACUGGAAGGCGCAGGCGGCAGCGUCCGCAAGGAGCCGAGACUUUUCGGUGAGAUAGACAUUCCUUCUAGGAAACAAAUGGUCGUCUUUCUAUGCUGCCCAAGGCCAUUGGGGCCUCUCCCGGUCUUUGAGAAUACAGGCAGCCUCUGCUGGGGACUGAACAGGUAGAAAGCAGUCAAAGGCCUUUGUUACGACGUGGUGGAGGAAGCAUUCUGUUCCCAUCCUACUCUAGUUUGAAUGCCAAUUAAGAAUGCUACAGAUGGGGAAAUCUGGGAUUACCGGUGUGGUUUUAGAACCCAUGAAGUUACAUUUUACACACCCCUUCUGUUUCAGCACAUGCUUAUAGGUAUCUGUGUUGGUGUUUGGACCAAGGCUGUUGAAACUUAACUGCAGGUGUAUUUAAGCUCUCCCAGCUAACUGAUUAGUGGCAUUUGUCCAAUACUGAUGCUGGAAGGUGUCUCCCCACUCCAAAAUUAAAGGAGAUACUCAAGGCACGGUUCUUUCUAGAAUUAGAUGUAAUUAAUCUUAAGCAGUUGAGCACCCCCCCAAACCCUCAAGUUAUGAAACUCCCUCAUCUCACCGCAGCUCUGCUGUAGAAAUUGGGAAACGGUGGUCUUCCAGCAACCCCCAUAACCUAAUCCUGGGGGCUGCCAGCUGAGGGCUGAAGAGCCCCAGGUCUCCUAACACCCUUGCUUUACUAAUUGCCGUUUCAUAUUUUGCUGCCGUCUAUGUCAUGUAUGCUUUGCUUACAAGCCAUAGAGGCAGCUUAUGAUAAAGAGGGGGCAGAAAGUUUGGUUGGCAGGGGGUCUUUGUGAUAAAUAGGGACAGGGGGUAGUCCGCUCCCAAAUGAUCGACAUACACAGCCGUCUAGCAUUUUUAUAAACUUCUUAAAAAACCCGCACUUGGGAGGCCAGAGAAACCAACAGUCAACUGCACAGGCUAAAUUUUGUCUGCUAUUUACAUAAAGUGUAAAAAGGCACCAGCAAAUACAUUCUACAUCUCGAGAGAGAGUGUGGCUCGGGACCCCCAAAAUCCCCUUACCCCCCUCCAUGCUUUAUGGGGGAACCAGGGUUAAGAGCCAGGGACAUUUUACCGAUUAUGUGAGUAAGAAGCUAAACUGAGUGGUAAAAUAAAUUGGUCACUGUAUAAAAAGGCUAAUAUGUUAAAGAGUCCUCUUUUUUUGUUUUGUUUCCUAAAAACAAAGCCACACGAAAGUCCACAGAUCUGGGGGGCAGGAAGUAAUUGGUGGCUGUCCCCAAUGGCAAAAUUCAGGGUUCAGGGUAGUGACUCCAGGGAGCAGGCACUUCUGAAUGGCUGAAGGGGCCAGGCCAAUCAAUCCAGGAAAAAUAAAGUGCAUUUCAAGGAAAGAGGAGCUGGGUGAGUUUGAUGCGGCUGUGGCAUUUGGCCUGCCUUCCGAGCAGAGGGGUGGUGCUCACACCUUAUGCAGCGAUAGCAGCCGACUGCCUUGCCAAGCAGCUAUUCACAACCCGGUUCUCCCUCCACCCUACCCCAGAAAGUCAAUGGCAGGCACAGUGGCAUGAGGGUGCAAGUUAAAGGCUUCCUUUCAAUCCGGCUCCCUUCUCACUGGUACACACACAUACACACACA